UAACCUAUCUCGCCUGGAAACUAUGAAGGGAACCAGCUUCACUCGAUCCUAGAUGGAGAAAAGUUAAAUUGGAGGAUUUUUUUUUAUUUGGUGACGCGUUUCGUUAUUUUGACCACCUGCAUUUCGGCGUGUUCUCCGGGAUAGUUGCACAAUAACUUGUGCUGUAGGCUACAACAAACGGAAUUUUCCAAGCCUGUAGUUUUAUUGCCUUGUCACAUGUCUCAGAACAUCUCGUCGGGCUCUCACUCUCUCUCCUGCUCAUGUUUUUUCUCUCCUUUUGCCAAGAUAUUGGAUUACCAAUAGCCUGAUGAAGACACAUCAUAGAGAGAUGCAGCACUGUUAAAAAAAACAACCUUUUAAACAGGUGGCAGAUCCAGCAACAGUUCAAGCUGUCCUGAUCAUCCUGUGCCACAAUAACAGGCUGCCAUCUGAGAGACGCUGAGAUACAGUGCGCAGGCUCUCAGUGCUAUUCUACACCAUCAAACCCCAGAGCAACGCACAGCGGACACUCUGGCAUUACAGGUUUAUCGACGUGCAAACCUGAAGACAAUUCUGGAAAUCAAGCAGAACAUUUAGAAAGGACGGAAAAACACUUUUGGAACAUUAAUCAGUGGGGGGAAGUGAGUCUUUGUUACUCGUUCUUCCUUUGCCGAACUCUCCUCAGAAGGUCAGAGGAGCAUGUAACCGAAACAAGUGGAGCCCUCUGUGAUUUCAGCAUUCUGUCUCCCCCAUCUGUGCCUACAUUCGCCGCUACAGAUAGGGACGUUUUUGAUAAUUACAUGUAAUUAUAAUUUCUGUGGGAGACAGAUCUGCCUCUGUCUAUUAUUGCCAACACCUCCAACACAAUAACUUCACACAUUUACAUAUUUCUCAACAAAAGUGAUAUUCUUUGAAGACAAAUCAGGAAUAAUUUUACUUAGAGAGACAUGUCACAUGGAGACAAAAUGUGCCAUUCAGUUCAUAUCUAAUUAGUAAAACGGUUGAAUGACACGGGUAACUUUUUGUGCCUAAAAGCUGAAUAGGGAGCAUUUAUAAUCUGUGACGUUUGCCUCACUUUACAAUGUUUUUCACAGGCUGGGAGUCAUUUUCUUGUUUUAUGCUUACUCCUACAUUUUAGCUGCAACCGUCUUCUAGCACCUAAACUGAGCCUUCCUCAUUAUUCAUCAUCGGCCAAAUCACAGUAACAGUCUGUGUGGAUGCUCAAUAAUCCAAUCAUAGACAAGAUUGAGAUAAAGUACACAUUGUAUCUACAGAUGUGAUGAGUGCCUAGAACCAGACAUCAUGGAGAAAGGUCUGUGUCUCAGAAGAACUAAGCAUCAUUACUGGCCGUUUUCCGUCAGUGGUGCAGUCUGUUAAUCUCAUGUGAUUGUUUACAAAAUACAUGUUAAGAAAUAUAGAUUUCAUACAUUUUUCAAGAAGGGAAUUGCUUACAGCUUAAAUAAGUGCCAAUUCUGAAUGUGCCAGACUGAAACAGUCGUCCAGGAAUGAAUAAAACAGAUACAAUUGUUUACAUUUGAUAAAACACUGGCCAUAGACCAUAGUUCAAGUGCCAUGGUCAGUAAGAAUGUAUAGGACUGCCAUAUUUUAUUGAAAAUCCUUGCUACUCCUUUUAACUGGCCUUUUUGGUUACAAAUUAAUUCCAUCCAGCAGUACGUCAGAGACUUGUUCUUUUGUUCAGCGGGAAGUGUGGAACAAGGCAUUAAGGACUAAAAGCAUGAAGAUUGUUGUUUUCAAUCUGUCCUUUUUACAAAGCCGCAUCCAUUUUAGUCUUCUAGACUUGAAAGGACAAAAGAUGAAGUCAUUACGCAUUCAGAGUUCCUUUCUAGCAGUAAAUUAAAACCAUUUUAAUACCAUUAUCGACAAUUACUAAAACCUACCAACUGUUUUUUAUAGUGGUAGACCUUUUCAUUUGUAUUUUUCCUGACCUUUUCUAAUAUUACUCCAUAUAAAUAAUCAGUUUCUACAUUUCAGUGUCUUUAAAUUUCAUCAUCCAACAUUACUGAAUGAAACUACUGAUACAUCAUAAAUAUUCAGUAGGUCGUACAUGCUACUUGAAUAUUUCACAUGCCAUUUUAGUGGGUUAAACGGCAAAAGCGGAUACUGCAUUGACUCAACAACAGAAAAUAGAUCUCUUAGUCAUGUAAAAAUGACGCCCACCACCAAUCUUCGAGUCCUCGCUGUCUCCCUGCUCUCCCUCCUCACCGCCCCUCUCACCACUGUUGUGGAGACCUCUCCGUCCCCCCUUCCUCAGCAAAUAGACCCCCCAGGGAGGCCUUUCACCGAGCAGUCAAAGACUAGCCGCGGCCCCCCUCUCCUGCUCCUCGCCAUGCAGGCCAACAUCAGGCCAGCUGCUCUUCAAGGCAGGACCAAAGCACCCGAGAAACUUCCAGAAGCCUCAUUUCUCGAGGAGCUUCCGAGGCCCCUUCCCCAGGUCAUGUUCCCCAAAAAUGUGACUUCAUCAAAGGCCCUUGCACCUCCCUUAGGCGCUGCCCAGGUAGCGCCCAUACCACCCCGUUUGGUGGAGGUAUGGAUUGAUGUAUGUCGGGGUUAUUAUGACGUAAUGGGACAAAUUGACACCUCUUUCAAUUGCUCCAAGGACUCGUUCAUCUUUUGCUGUGGAACCUGCCACUACCGCUUCUGCUGCCCAGACCGAACCCGGCAACUGGAUCAGGAAAUUUGUAAAAACUAUGACUCUCCAGACUGGGCCAAGCCACAGACAGACCCCAUGAUGUUACCAGAUGAAUUAGGUCCCGACCCAGACUUUGAUCCACUAAAGCAACAGAGCCACAACACAGGCUUCGUCAUUGGAGGCGUGAUCGUGUUCAUGGUGGCUGUCGCCGUGGGAAUCAAGGUUGUCUUCAACAAGGUGCAACAGGAAGCUAACCAACGGGACCUCAACAUGCCCAGAGCCCUGGUUGACAUGCUGCGGCACCAGUCGAGCCCUGUCCAGCAAGAUGAGAGAAACAACAGCGUGGCUCUGGCUGUAGGUGACGGGACUGGGACACUGGGGAGACCUCCGAAAAACCUCUACGCCCCAGGACUGCCGAGCAAAGACAACAGAUUGGGAAAUAUUCAGCACAAUUUCAUCCACCCUUCAGGCACCAGCCCCAAACACACUGCAACUAUCGAACGCACCCCCCGGAUGAACAAUGCUCAGCUGGCAGCUGGAGGCACCCUGCUUUCCAGUAAACACAACAACACCAAAUCCCAGCCGGCCUUCCACCACUCCCUGCACAACCUUGCUCAGCUGCCGCCCUCCUACGAGAGUGCCACCAAGCCUGAGCUCAACCGAUACUCCUCACUGAAACGCCUCGAGAAAGGUCUUGAUGAGUACUCGUCUGGUUACUGCACCACCAAGCGCCGGCCCCACACCGCCCAGCCGGCCCUCCAGUCCUCCCAGCACCACCUCCACUGGGGUGGAGACUACACCCUGAGUGGGAGAGGAACCCUUCCCCGGCACGCAGUCCGUCCCUGGAUCCCGCCUCCGCCUUCUGGCAUGCCUGCUUCACCCACACCCAAUCCUUACCCUCUGGAUCCCCCGGAGCCCCAGUACAACCCCAACUACGAAACUCUCUCCAAGCCCAGGAAAGUUAAACCCAAUGACCAGCUGCUCAACAUGGGGGACGUCCCAGGUAACACGGGGACACUGUCCAGGAUGUCCAAGAACCAGCAACACCAGUACUACAAAGCCAUGGUUGCCUCCAACAAGAACACCAACACGCAGACGCUCACCAGGCAGGGGAGAGAUGGGAGAGAUGGGAGGCAGGAGAGAGAUGGGAGGCAGGAGAGAGAUGAGAGAGAGGAACGGCAGCUCAUGUCACCGGACCAUUUGGAGGAAAGGAUGGGGGUCGGUGGGAUGGGGGUCGUAGAUCCGUACGCCCACACAGGAGGGGCCGUCCCCACGCUGCCCCGCCAGCAGAAGGCCCAGUCCCAGCAGAACGUCUGCGCCACGCCCUCCCUCGACCGACACCACAUGAUCAAGAUGAACUCUCACCCCACGUCCGGACGCGAGCAGGAGAGGAACACGCCCAUGACGGGGCACAUGAGCGCAAACAUGGGCUGGCAGGGGGAGGCCCCCGGGGCGGGGGUAGUCAUGGGAACGGGAACACUAGGGGGCCACAGCGCCAGGAGGAUGGCUUUUGCAGCAAAAAGGCAGAACACCAUUGAGCAGCUACAUUUCAUACCAGGAGGGGGUGGCGGGGGGUCGUCGGGGAGUGCAGGAGGGAGUCAGGGGAUCAGGACGGGGAGCAAAAAUGAGGUGACGGUGUGAGGUUUGUGCCUAAUGUAGAGUUUACCCCUCAUCAAAGGGAUGGGAGUAGAUCACCCUUCUGCAUUUAACUAUUAGAUAUAUAACUACAAGAACUAGAAGUAUAAAGUAUAGUAACAUUAGAAUGUGUUUAGGCUAUUCAAAUUAGUGUAAUCUAGUAAUUCAAUAGCUUAAAUAUGAUUAAUCGGUUAAAAAUCUAGGUGGGGAAUAUCUGUACCAAUUAUGUGAUAGCCUACGUCAGCCAUAUUUUGUAACAAAGUUUGCCAUAUACAGCGGUGCCAUUACUUGUAGAAAGACUAAAAAGGGUGAAACAAAACCAACCGAAGUGUCGUUCAUAAUUUUGUUUUUAUAUGUUUUUCAAAAAGUACUCAGGAGCCAUAUUAGAUAGGGAACAAGAGGAUAUAUAUAUAUAUGUAUAGAGAUAGAGAUAGAAGAGGUCGAUGCAGAGGAGGAGCAUGUAGAGUAUUGUAUCACAGAAUUUAACAGAGAAUUGAGCCAACUACCUGCUGGACUGUCAACCUGCUCAGCUCUCGCCAACAUUGAUUGAUUAAACUGAACCUCAUGGGUGAGCAGCCCGGUGGACCAGAGGAGCGGGAGUGAACCAUGUGCCUGGAGAGGGAUUUUGGAGAUCUGAUACUCAACCUCAUCCUGACACAGGGAGACAAAACUUUGUGUUGCUUCCUUUGAUGACGAGCGGCCGAGGUGGGGGCUGUUUGCGACUUGGACACAGCAGCCUGUUGGCAGGACUCCGCAGCUGAUUUUAAAAGCGCGGACGUACCCACAUCACCAAUCUGACGCCUGGGUUGCCUAGUUUUCCAUGUGACCUUAGAUCCAAUCCCCAGAGAGACUCACACUCUGGUCACUGUUACACUGCAGUAAGCUGACGUUAGAUAACGUUAUGGGUGAUUUUCCCCCCUAACGUUCCCAUCUAUAGAUCAGGACCUAACUAAGAACAUUGGGCUACCAAAUAAUAUAGAGCCAUCUGUCACGUUAUUACAAAAAUAUCUUGACAAAAACAUAGACAAGCCAGGAGACGCAUGUGUUCAGUUUACCAAUAAAGAGGCAACUUGCUUUAAUUGCAGGUUGUGAACGAGGAGCAAAGGUUUUUCUACAGAGCACAAAUGAAUAGACCGUGACGCAGAGGUUGCACUUACACAACUGUCCUUCAAAGCCAUUUACGGAGAUACAAAGAAAAUACCACAGAGGAAGCUGGUCUGACAAUCACCAUUUUAUUAUUCUCACCAGGUGACAAAUUACAAAAGGCAGAUAUUUUGUACAGUCAAAGGAUUGGCUUCAGAGCAAGCCAAAAAAAACCUCUGAGUCAGGAGAGAGAGGGCGACCUGAGGCCUUCUCCUGCAUGGCUCAUAUGCCGUAAGAGACUCGGAUGAUUAGGAAGCCCUCCCCUUCCUCAAGAGGAAGACCUUGCUGUAUCAUAACGCACUUCAGCCAGUAUGAGUAAAAAAAAAAGAAAAAGAAAAAAAAGAAAAGAAAAAAAAUGUUCAUCAAUAACAACGCUUAUCAAUACUAAGGGCUAUCCUAUCCUAUAUACUGUAGUAUGUGAUAUCUGUGGUCCAUAUAAAAUACUAUCUCUUUCUCUUGAUUUUGUGUUGAUAUUGUCAUGUUGUAUUAAGUAUUAAUGUGUACAAAAAACAAGAGCAAUUUAAGCACAGUUCAAAGAGAAGCACAGAGACAAAAAAAUUGUUUUUGCACAAAUCUAUCCCGAUAUUUGCACCUGAUACAGACUUACUCUGUAUCGUGUCCUCAAAGUUUACAAUCUGUUCAAGCACGGCUGACAGAGGGACUGAUCAAUGGAGGGUAUUGUAUUGAGAGAAGAUUUUUUUUAUCAACAUGAAAUCAGAGAUAAUUUUGGCAGAUCAAAGAAUGAAAUUGUUACUGCUUGAUUUUUGUUCAGUCAUAUGGAAGGAUACAGAUAUGAAAUACUGACAAACAGGAACACAGAUUUCAUUUGGACAAUCUUCCUAUACACAGUGCUAAAUGUAAUUGUUAUGAAUAUGAUGGAGUGUUAUUAUUAAUAAUUAUUAUAACUGUUAUGGUUAUUAUUAACAAUUAUCUUAUGAUGUGAUGUUCUUUUACUUGGUGGGAUUUAAGUGUUUAUUGUUUUUAGAUAACUAGAAUUCUCAUGACUAGUUUUUUUUUUUUUUUUCAUGGUCAUAAACAUAAAAGUUUUUAAAAACAUUCCAAAUCUUGAUGCAUGCCAGCUCCAUUUCAUUGAGAGGCAGUUACAGAAUGCCUGGAUUUUAAGGUCAUCGAUGCUUUUAUGGCCACUUUCUCCAGCUGUAUGUACGUACUGUGCCUAGACAUCGGCCUUAUGACUUCUUGAUCUCAAGUGAAAUUAGGUUUCCACUCGGGUAUUCAAAAUAUCUAUUGAAAAAAUCUGCAGCCUUCUAAACGUAUGUGUAGACGACGGUGUCUUAACAGCCAGUGAGGGAUAGGUGUGUUCGGGACGGGACAGACGUUUAUUAUCCAGACUGGAGGCGGUCUGCUGUCUCCACUACAGAUGACCCCAUAACAUUGUGGAUUGUACACACUGAAACCCAUGAUGCCAUAAUGUAUGUGUGUUCGGAUGAAUGUUUAUUACACAGGUUGGAGAGAAACGGAGCUCUGAUGGAAACCUGAAUGCUUUGAGUGUCUUUUUUCAGGGAAAUAGGACAGUUGACAUACAGUAGUAUUAGAUUUUUUUAAUAGAGCCACAAAAGGUCUGUAGCAAAGUCUGUAAAAUCUCACAAGCCAUAUCCAUUGAAACUCAUCAAUCACAAUUUUAUAAAUGGUUAAUCUAAUUUGUGCAAGUAUUGUAUUUUGUAUAGCUAGUACAAUCAGAAUAUUUUGAGUGAUCUCUUCGACAUUAAUUUAAGGGUUCAAAAAAUUAUGUGUUAGUAGUUAAUGAAUUGUACAGUGCCAAACUCAUAACAUUUUGUUGUCUUUCUAUUGCCAUAGCCUCCUACAACACUAAAGGGGUUCUUUAUUUUUCACAUCUGAGAACUAACGCACAGGCAAGUUAGCUAAAAGAGCUAGUUAUUAGAAAGAAAUUAAUGAAUAUUGUGUGUGUUUUUACCAUUAUGAAUUCAUUUUAGAGGGAGGAUGGUUAAUGGCCACAAGAAAUGUAAAGCAUUGCGAACAGUAAAUUGUAUGGACAGGGACCGUGUCCAGUAUAUCCGGUAAUUCACGGAUUUAUUUUCAUGACUAUACAUUUCAAAACUACCCUUUUGUUAUUGUUCAAUGCAUUGAUCCCCUUGGAUACGACAGUGACUUACAAAUAAUUUGUAUAAUAAAGUUGGUGGAAAAAA